AUGAUUGAGCUAUCAUCCUCGUGGGAGUUGGAAGGCCGACGUAAACUCUCGGAAAUUCUCUUUAUCAACGAAAUCAAAAUGGAAUAUGAAGCCUAUAGUACAGAUGAUAGCGAUCUAUCAGCAGGUAGUGGUUCCGCUGAAUUCGCUUCUAAACCAGUUGUGCUUCAGCCCUACCUUCAUCCAGAAGUUAGUUCUGUCGGUGCUUGCUGUAUCAUGAUUCGCCUCUCCACCCAGCGUCUUCUCCGCAUUGUUCAACUUGUUCUCAUCUCUUCCUCUCCGCAUAUCGACUUUGUCGAUCGAUACGGCGAAUCACUUGCUCGAAUUGAGGGUGUUCUUGUGCGUGACUCAGGAGAAGAACUCUACCGAUGCUCAUCAGGUCGACUGUCUCCUCAUACGGAGUGUGUUGUUAGGUUGUUUUGUGCACAUCUCGUUAUUCAUGGUGCAUUCGUUUACCCAAUUUCGAAAGUGGACUUGGAUGCUGCUGUCAGGAUACUCGUCGCAUGA